GCUGGCGAUAUGUCCCAGACAUGCUUGCCAGCCAGCUUUUAAAUAUCUUCCAUCGUUUCUACGCGUUCGCUCUUCAUCGCCAGCCACCACCACCGAAUACUCCGCUCUACAUCAAGCAUCGAAGAUACUGCUAUACUCUCGUGGUCUUCGGCUACGCUCUCUAUACCUUUUCGCAAGCCGGAUCUGCGAUAGGGCAGAACUUAUACGAGAUCCUUGGUGUACCCCCCACAGCAGACGAAGCUGCAAUGAAGUUCAACUUCCGGGCCUUUGCGAAGAUCUGGCACCCGGACAAGGCUGGACCACAUGCUGAGACGUACUUCAUGGAAGUCCGGACUGCAUAUGAGGCGCUCAAAAAUCCAACAACUCGGUUCGCUUACGAUAGAUUUGGUCCGCAAGCCUUGAAAUGGGAUAAAGUUACGACAAUGCAAGACUACUUCAUGCGCGGUAUGGGUCACUCUGUGCUGUACUACGCAGUCGGUAUCGCCGCCCUAAUGUUUUGGAACAAGAUUGCGCCUCGGGAUCUAGCCUUCUGGAAUUACUUGAUUCUUUUCUGGACUUUUGCUGUCGAGCUGCUCUUAAUUAUGGCGCCUUCGACGUCUGACUCUUCGCACACCGCCCUUCCGUCUUCGCUCUACACGCCACCUGAUGCCCCUUCUCGGACGGGUCUCUUGGGACUGCUCUGGCCGAAUCGUGUCGCCUACCAGCACAUCAAUUUUCUGAAGUCGCUCUCGAUACUGUUGUCUUCCGCCUUGUACCAAGUCAUCCCAAUACUCUUCCCGUCUGCUACUGAGAAGCUUGACCCGAAGCAAGUCGCCCAGUUCAUGUCUCUUGCGAACAACGCCUUGCGGAACAUUGAUCAAGAGGCUCUGACUACGAUACACACCGACUUGCACGCUUGCCAUGGAGAGCCUACAAAGACUGCGCCUUCGCAAGUCGACUUCCCAAAUAUCCUACCCUGCGACCCAGCAGAGCCGGUGAUGGAUUUGGUCCGCCAGGAAAUGGAAGCUGUGGUCCUCGAGAGCAUCCUUCUCGGACAACAGGGAGAAGCCCGAAAAGCUGUCGAGGCGGCUGUGUUGAGACGCCGGAGGGUUGAGGACGGCAGAGGGUCGACGUCCGAGUCUUUGCCGCGGCAUCAGAACAUCUCCCGACGCGCGCCGCCGCGCCCUCUCAAGGUGCAAGGAAGUGUGUCCGACAUUGGGGACGAAUCCAAGUAUGUUCGAGGUCGGUCAUUAUCGCUGUAACAUCCUGUAUUGUUGUACAUAUUUGUAGCAUAUUAUUUUG